GCCAGCUGCGCUUCGAGUUCUGGGCCAGCUCCCCAGAGGCCUAGGCGCCGCCGCCGCGAGGGCGCGGGGCAGACAAAGGAGGCAGACAAAGGCGGGCGCAGCCCAGCAGCCGUGCGGGCACCGGGCGAGGCAGGCCCACUCCUCCCGGUAGCGGGAAGGAUGACCACGCUCACACGACAAGACCUCAACUUUGGCCAAGUGGUGGCCGAUGUGCUCUGCGAGUUCCUGGAGGUGGCUGUGCAUCUCAUCCUCUAUGUGCGCGAGGUCUACCCCGUGGGCAUCUUCCAGAAACGCAAGAAGUACAACGUGCCGGUCCAGAUGUCCUGCCACCCGGAGCUGAAUCAGUAUAUCCAGGACACACUGCACUGCGUCAAGCCACUCCUGGAGAAGAAUGAUGUGGAGAAAGUGGUGGUGGUGAUUUUGGAUAAAGAGCACCGUCCAGUGGAGAAAUUCGUCUUUGAGAUCACCCAGCCUCCACUGCUGUCCAUUAGCUCAGACUCCCUGUUGUCUCAUGUGGAGCAACUGCUCCGGGCCUUCAUCCUGAAGAUCAGCGUGUGCGAUGCUGUCCUGGACCACAACCCCCCAGGCUGUACCUUCACAGUCCUGGUGCACACGAGAGAAGCCGCCACUCGCAACAUGGAGAAGAUCCAGGUCAUCAAGGAUUUCCCCUGGAUCCUGGCGGAUGAGCAGGAUGUCCACAUGCAUGACCCCCGGCUGAUACCACUAAAAACCAUGACGUCGGACAUUUUAAAGAUGCAGCUUUACGUGGAAGAGCGUGCUCAUAAAGGCAGCUGAGGGGACACCUGCCACCCCACUGAUGCCCGAACUGUCAGACUUUGGGGGAUCCCCGCCUAGGCAGUGCUGCAUGGCUGCCCUGAUUCCAAGUGCUCUUAUUGCCUCUGUGUGUGGAUCGCCCGCCCCAGCCCGGGGCCGCUCAGGUCUGCUUGGAGGAUGCCUCCCCCAGGAGGGCAGUGAAGGAUGCCGCAACCUCGACUUCUCAGCCUCCUGGGGUUCCGCCGGCCAACACUGUCUGUCUCAAAUACUGUGCUGUGAGUUGUUUCAAUAAAGGGGCCCCAAGGGCUGGGCUGA